CCAGCACGCCUUUAGCCUUCGCUCCGUCUCGCCGAUCUUGGCCCCGGCGACUGUCCCGGCUGCGCACGGAUGGCGGCGACGAGCCGGCCCAUCCCGCCGCGGGCUGCGCCGGGGUCCAAGAGGCCACGGACGUGGGACGUGGACGUCUCGCUCGACGAGCUCGUCUCAUGGGACGUGCUCGAGCAGUUCAUGCAGGACAUCCCGAGCGAGCCUGCGCUGCCAGACGAGCCCAGCACAGAGGCGCAGGCCGUGCAGAGCGCCGCGGACGGCCUUGGCGUGGGCGGCUUCCCGUUCGGCGGAGUGAUGGGACUCGGCGGAGGCGGAGCGAGCUCCGCGGGGCUCGCCGGCUGGCCGUCGGGGCCAGGGCUGGCGGUGGGCGCCUGGGGCGGCGACAUGGCGGUAGAGGCGACGGGCGGCGCCGAGAGCCCGGCGGCGGCGGGCAGCAGCAGCGCAGAGGGCGGUCGGCAGGUGCACAAGCAGCGGUUCGUGUGGACGGCGGAGCUGCACCGGCGCUUCGAGACCGCGGUGAACACCCUUGGCAUCGACCACGCCAAGCCGCAGGCCAUCUCCCAGAUGAUGAAGUGCGAGGGCGAGGGCGCGCCGACGCGGCAAAACAUCAAGUCGCACCUGCAAAAGUACCGGCUGCUGAUGCAGAAGCGCGGCAAGGCGGGCGCGUCGGCCGGGACCUUGAUGGCCACGCUCACCCCCUCGGCCAGCUGCGCAUCCCUCGCCGACCAGGACGAGCCCUCGACGAGCGCCGACACUGGCCUGGUGGCGGCGGCGGCGGCCGCCGCCUCAGCCGCGGUGCCAGGGAAAGCGGCGGCGGCGCCGCGGCCGGCGGUCGAGCGCGAUGGGAGCGAUGAAGCGUCGGUCUUCUCGCGGGCCAGCAGCGGCAAGCUGCCCUCGCUGGGGCCGUCCACCUCAUUCGGCGGCGACGGCGAGAGCGUUGGCUCGCCGAGGGCGCCGACGGAGCUCGACGUGCACCUCGCGCGGCAAGAGAUGAACCUCAAGGUGCAGAUGGACUUGCAGACCAAGCUGCACCGCCAGCUCCUCAUGCAGCGGCAGCUGCAGCACCAACUCGAGACCUUCUCACGAGGCGGCAUGCAGCGCUGGCAGGCGAUGCUCUCUCUGAAGAACUCGCUCCGCGAGCGGCUGACCAAGCACGUCGCGAUGCAGCAAGAGAUGCUGCAGCACCUCGACGCGAUUGUCUCGUCAGAGGUGAGCAGGCAGGUCCCCGCCUCUGAGGCCGACGGCGAGGAGGCGGCGCGCGAUUCGGCCCUCGCCCGCGCGGCCGACGGAGGUUGCGGCAGGGAGGCGUCCGCCGAAGACGCCGACCUCUCCUCCUCGCGGGCCGGCACGACACCGACCGAGGAGCUGCUGGCGAUGCCUCUGCUGCGCGACCCGUCGGUUGGGACGUCCGGCGCGGGCGGUGCGUGCGAGCUGAGCCUCGAAGGCGGCGGCGACGCGGCUGCGGCUGCGGCUGCGGCUGCUGCUGCGGACGCGACGGGCGGCGGCGGCGUGCCCAUCGCGCGCGCGGCUUUUGGCGCCGCCGGCAGCGGUUUGGCCGGUUCGGCGAGCGCUGCCGCUGCGGCUGCGGCUGCCGUGGCGGCCGCAUCGUGCGGCGCCGGGGCGGAAUGAUUGCGUGCGGUUCUCGCUUGGUUCCCAUCGUUGCGUUGGGCCGGACGUGGCCGUUUGCAGGCGAGCGCCCCGUCGCGCGCCUAGCGCUGCCGCGGCCCCCCCCCCCCCUUCCCCCAUGAUUGCAUGUCGGCAUGAGCGAGGGAUGCCAACCCCGCUCACCCCCCACCCGGAGGACUCCGCCACCGUUCUUUUGUAGCCACCGCCGCCUCCGUGACUGUUUUGAUGUCCUGCGGGUCUCGUUUCACUGUGGAGUUGUGUGGUGUCGCGCGCACAGCCGCUGCCCCGCUCCUCACACAACAUGUGGCAUGUCCGAGUCGAUCUUGAUCUCUCCCCUCUCGCUCUUGCUCUCUUCUCCUCUCUCUUUGUGUGAUGUAUCUGUUAUCUAUCGAAAGGCGCGGCUGUCCG